AUUGUUGCGACGAAAUCGUUCGACGCGCCUGUCGGGGCGAAACAUAGGGCGAAACGGGCCGAAGCAGGCUCCGGCGAGAUCGCAAAUCGUCACAUCAAAUGAAACCACCAGUGAGUAAGGAAGUGAGAACCAGUAAAGAUCUAGAAGAUUGAAUAACAGAAAGGGGCGAGAAAUUUUCAGAACCGCACAUAAGCGGUUGCAGAAAAUCAAACCUACAAGUUCUGAAAAUUUUCUCUGGUGAGAAAUAAAAGGAUGGAGAAUACACCCGAGUGCCAACUGUGUAGCCGACCAGGGGAUAAGGAAACCAAGAUGGAGAAAUGCUGCUUGUGCACGAAAUGGGAGCAUGCCAAAUGUGCAGGACUGGCCGCAGAGACCAAAGAUUCCGCAUCAAGGUAUGUAUGCUCUAAGUGCAAAGUGAAGCAGGAGACCACGGCCGCCAAGUUCCGUGACGAUCGAGACACAGCCAGCUUGAAACCUUCCACGCGUUCGAGGGUGGGGUCAACGACCACCACUAAGCGAAGUGUGCGAAAUACAUCAGAAAGUGUACCAUCCACUCGCAUCUCAGUGAACACAGAAGAACAGCUUAAGCUGGUAGUAGAAGAGCAACUUUUACGAGAGCGCGAGAUAAAGGAGAAAAGAGAAAUGAAACGUCGCGAGAACGCUGAACUGGCUCGUCGACUGGAAGAGAAGAGAAAGUUUGCAGAGGAAGAGAGCAUCCUUCGGCAGAACGCACUUAAAGCCGAAGCGGAGAUUAAGUCGCUGGAGCAAAGUGUGCGCCGCGAGUCACUUGAAAGGAAGCGUGAACUGAUGCUGCAGGGCUCUCAAGCAAGCCGUGUGGGAUCGGAAACGAGUUACGAAGAGAAAGUAGUGUGUUGGCUUAGUACUAGCAAGGGAAUGACUGGAGAAAGAACGAAACCGCGUGAGAGAGUUCUCUCCAGCUCCAGUUCGACAAUAUCCAGCAUGCAACCUCUCGUAACGUCUAGCUUCGUGGAAAGAGCGGAUGAACCAUUCGACCCAGAUGAACAUAGAAGGAGAGAGAAAGAACGCUUGUCGAAGAGACAGAUUGCAGCACGCCACGUGCUGGGCAAAGAAGUGUCGUUCUUUAGUGGUGACCCAGAAGAGUGGCCGAUGUUUUUUAGUGCAUUCGAGGAAACAGCAGAAACGUGUGGGUUUAGUAACUCGGAGAAUUUGCUACGACUGCGAAGAUCACUAAAGGGAAAUGCACUCGAACUGGUGAAGGACCAACUAACGUUAAAGGACAAUGUGCCGGAGGUGUUAAAAACCCUUAAGAUGGUUUACGGAAAGCCAAGUUUGCUGGUUCGCUCUUUGCUAAAUAAAAUACGUAGCAUGCCACCCCCGCGGCCAGAAAAAAUGAAAACCGUGAUCGAAUUCGGGCUAGCAGUGAAAGGGUUAACGAACCACAUGAAAGCAGCGAAACUAGAUGCUCAUUUAAAUAACCCAACACUGUUGGAAGAGCUGGAAGAUAAGCUUCCUGGUGAGAUGAAAUUGAAUUGGGCAGCUUAUCAAGAAGAAAAAGGUGUGGAAGGAUUAGUGGGCUUUAGUGUUUAUGCUUCAAACCUGGCAAAGCGCGCAUGUGCAGUGACAAACGAUCCACACGAAAUAAGCAAAAUAGGCGAAAGAAGAAAGCGCAAUACGGUUGUUUCGAACACACAUCUGAGAACAAGUGCUAAACCAGAAACGCCACACGAUAGAUCGGCAUCAUCUUCUACAGUUCAGCGCAAAACGUGUGCAGUGUGCCAACGCGAAGGGCAUCGUGUUUAUGAAUGUGAGCAGUUUAAAGCCGCCGACGUGGACGAGCGUUGGAAGCUUAUAAAAUUGAAGUCCCUGUGCAGAACGUGCUUGAAUAAUCACGGUAAGUGGCCAUGCAAAUCCUGGGUAAGCUGUGGUGUAGAUGGUUGCCGCCUAAAGCAUCACACACUGCUCCACUCCACGGUAGCCACUGAAGGGACAGUCAGCGCAUGUGCAACACACUCUCAUGAUGCCUACGUCGUAAGUCCAUUGUUUAGAAUCUUACCAGUGACACUAUACCAUAACAACAACACUAAAUCGAUAUAUGCUUUCGUAGAUGAGGGAUCGUCAUACUCAUUAAUCGACGAAUCAAUAGCCAGAGAUUUGAACGUGCAUGGCCAGAAGACACCGCUCACGCUACAAUGGACAGGACAAAUAAAAAGAAACGAGCCAAAUUCCGAGCUGAUACGACUAAACAUUUCCGGAAGGGACAGAAAUAACCAGUACAAGCUAGAGAACGUUAGAACGGUCAGCCGCCUCAUGCUUCCAACACAAUCGCUUAACUACGAAGCACUGAAGGAACGGUUCCCACACCUCAAAGGUCUACCGAUGCAAAACUACACACAUGCGCAACCACAGCUACUAAUUGGACUGGACAAUAUUAGACUUGGUGUUCCACUAAAGCUCCGUGAAGGAAGAUCGACAGAACCUAUUGCUGCUAAGUGUCGACUAGGCUGGGCGAUCUACGGAGGAGGAAAAGCGCGCACAGCACGAACAGCCAUGGUAAACUUUCACGUUGCCCCACCGUCAGAUUGUGACAAACAGAUGAGCGAACAACUAAGAGACUAUUUCACGAUGGAAGACUACAACACUAAAGGAUCAUUCGAAAGUUUGGAAUCCGAGGACGACAGACGUUCAAACCGCAUGUUGGCAGAAACGACAAAGCGAGUAGAGACUGGUAACCGGUUCGAAACUGGGCUACUAUGGAAUACGGACCAUCCCAACUUUCCUGAUAGUUAUCCCAUGGCAGUAAGACGAUGGGAAGCGUUGGAAAGAAGGUUUCAGCAAACACCGGCGUUAGAAGCAAAGAUACGACAAACUAUAGCUGAAUACGAAACAAAGGGCUACGCACAUAAAGCAAGUCUGGAAGAACUAUCCUCGGUCGACGUAAAAAGAAUCUGGUACUUACCGUUGGGAGUUGUACAAAAUCCCAAGAAACCGGAUAAGAUUCGACUGAUAUGGGAUGCAGCAGCGAAAGUAGCAGGAGUGUCGUUCAACUCGAGAAUGCUGAAAGGGCCUGACCUCCUAACACCGCUGCCUCAAGUGUUAAGCCAUUUUCGACAGUUUCCGAUAGCAGUGGCAGGGGACAUAAUGGAGAUGUUCCAUCAAAUUAAGAUCCGCCACCCGGAUCGCCAAUCGCAACGCUUUGUGUACCGUAACAGACCGUCAGAUCCUAUUCAGGUAUACGUUAUGGACGUGGCGACAUUCGGUUCAUCGUGUUCACCAGCUGCGGCCCAGUACGUUAAAAACCUCAACGCCCAAGAAUAUGCGAACGAAUUCCCAAGAGCGACGAGCUCGAUAAUUAACAAUCACUACGUAGACGACUAUCUGGAGAGUUUCAAAACAGUGGAGGAAGCAAUAAAGAUCGUGAAAGAAGUGAAACUGGUGCAUUCGAAAGGCGGUUUCACGCUUAGACGCUUCCUAUCCAAUUCACCAGAAGUUAUAAAAAGCAUCGGCGAUCCAGCGAACGAGAAGUCGAAGGAUCUUAUGCUAGAACGAGGAGAAAACACAGGAUCGGUACUAGGAAUGAAAUGGAAGAUAGAAGAUGACGUCUUUACAUUCUCCUUCUCCUCAAACGAAAGCAUACAACGUAUUGUUCGAGAAGACCAUAUCCCUACGAAACGAGAGGUGCUGAAGGUUGUAAUGAGCCUAUUCGAUCCCAUGGGGCUUAUUUCAUUCUACCUUGUGCACGGGAAAACUCUCAUUCAGGACAUAUGGGUGAAAGGCAUCGAUUGGGAUGACGAAAUACCAGGCGACCUGCAGCAGCGAUGGCGGCAGUGGACUAACCUGUUUCCACACCUAGAAGGAUUACGCAUUCCGCGAUGUUAUUUUCACGUACCUUCCACGACAAGGCUCGAUGACAUACAGUUGCAUGUGUUUGUCGAUGCCAGCGAAACAGCGUAUUGUGCCGUAGCUUACUUUCGUUUGGAAAUCGAUGGAAAGACCCAAGUUGGACUUAUUGGUGGGAAAACAAAAGUGGCACCACUGAAGACAAUCUCCAUACCGAAGCUCGAAUUGAAAGCGGCCGUACUAGGCUGUCGAAUGCUGACGAAGAUAAAAGAGCAGCAUUCCUUCACGAUACAUCGUCACUACUUGUGGAGUGAUGCUGGCGUCUGCCUGGCAUGGAUAAAAUCAGCGAAUCCAAGACGGUAUCAACAGUUCGUUUCAGUGCGUGUAGGAGAGAUACUAACAACAACAGACCCGCGAGACUGGCGAUGGGUUCCCUCGAAACUGAAUGUUGCAGACCUGGCUACGAAGUGGAAUACCGGUCCAGAACUGACAAAUGAAAAUCCGUGGUUCACCGGUCCUCAUUUCCUGCAUGAACCAGAAGCACAAUGGCCAGUGAAACAAUCGGUUCCUGAAACCAACGAGGAAGCACGGGUGACACAUCUACACAUUCAGCAAGCGGUUCACCCAAUUGAUUCGUCGCGAUUCAGCCUUUGGAGCAAACUUCUUCGGUCCACGGCGUACAUUGUGCGGUACAAAGACAACCUGAAACGGAAAGUUGAUGGUCAACCGCUAGAGCUUGGGGUGCUUAGACAAGAGGAACUUCGGAGAGCGGAGCAAUCAUUGUGGAAGAUUGCACAGAACGAGGCCUACCCGGACGAGAUUGCUGAGCUGCGUAAAACGAAAGGUGAACCGGAAGGACGACACCACGUGGUUUCCAAAUCUAGUCCUAUCUACAAGAAGUGGCCUUUCAUGGACGAGGACGGCAUACUAAGGAUGAGGGGACGAGUUGCCGCAUCAAGCUACACUAACUACGAAGCUAAGUACCCUGUCUUACUUCCAAAACAUAAUCAUAUUACGUUUCUCGUUGUAGGUUGGUACCACAUCCAGUACCGACACGCAAAUAGAGAAACAGUGGUGAACGAAAUUCGCCAGCGCUUCGACAUUCCCCACCUAAGAGCACUGGUGAAGAAGGUGACGGACGUAUGCGCGUACUGCAAAGUGAUGAGGGCAACCCCAAGGACACCGCCUAUGGCACCCCUACCAAAGAUGCGGCUGGCAGCGUUUGAUAAACCAUUUAAGUAUACGGGUUUAGAUUAUUUCGGUCCAGUGCUAGUGCGAGUAGGGCGAGCGAAUGCGAAACGUUGGAUAGCACUAUUUACGUGUCUAACAGUUAGGGCAGUACACCUGGAAGUUGUACAUUCAUUAAGUACCGAAUCGUGCAUUAUGGCUGUUAAACGUUUCAUUGCUAGGAGAGGAACACCAAUCGAAUUUUGGUCAGACAAUGCCACUUGCUUCCAAGGAGUUAGCAAUAAGCUAAAAACCGAGAUCGAUGACGCUUUAGCUUUAACUUUUACGAGUCCUUGCACUAGUUGGAAUUUUAUUCCACCGGCUACUCCGCAUAUGGGGGGCGCUUGGGAGAGACUUGUUAGAUCUGUGAAAACUGCGAUUAGUACCGUGAUAGAUGCGCCGCGUAAGCCCGACGAUGAAACGUUAGAGACUAUCUUAUUAGAGUCAGAGGCGAUGAUAAAUUCAAGACCGUUAACGUACAUUCCACUGGAAUCCGCCGAUCAAGAGUCGUUAACGCCAAAUCAUUUUCUGUUAGGCAAUUCAAAUGGCGCGAGGCAGAUCCUAUCGCCCGAUGUAGAACAAAAAGCGACUCUCAGGAGCAGCUGGAAGCUGGCAAGAUAUAUGACCGAACAGUUUUGGCAAAGGUGGCUAAAAGAAUAUCUUCCGGUCAUUACCAGGAGAAGUAAAUGGUUCAACGAGGUAGAAGAGUUGAAGCCGGGAGACCUUGUGAUGAUGGUAGGGGGCACAUCGAGAGAUCAGUGGACUAGGGGAAGAAUCGAAAAGGUUAUACCAGGGAGAGACGGUCGAGUUAGAGAAGCUUUGGUACAUACGUCGAACGGAUUACAACGACGAUCAGCGAGUAGGCUCGCUGUAUUGGACGUCUUGGAGAGUAGUGAAACUCCCCCACAGAAACAUCCCUUCGAUAAAUAGGGUGCGUUCACGGGCGGGGGUAUGUUGCGACGAAAUCGUUCGACGCGCCUGUCGGGGCGAAACAUAGGGCGAAACGGGCCGAAGCAGGCUCCGGCGAGAUCGCAAAUCGUCACAUCAAAUGAAACCACCAGUGAGUAAGGAAGUGAGAACCAGUAAAGAUCUAGAAGAUUGAAUAACAGAAAGGGGCGAGAAAUGUAAGAAAAAGUAAUGUUAUACAUCGAAGGAAAUACUAAAAUAAAAAUUAAAAUUUAGUUUCAGAACCGCACAUAAGCGGUUGCAGAAAAUCAAA